CAUGCGGAGAUUGGGCUUUGCCCCCCACUGAGGAGAAGGCGGCGAGUUGUAACGGGCGGAGAGGCAGGAGGAAAGUGGGGGGAGGGAGCGGAGGAACGCCCGGGAGAGCGGUUGGCUGGGAGCCGCACUGCUGGGUCGCAUGGGAGCAGCUCUAGCAUGGCUGUGAUGCCAGUAGCUCGGAUGGUUAUGGCUCGGUUGGUGAUACCUCGGUUGGUGAUACCUCGGUUGGUGAUACCUCGGUUGGUGAUACCUCUGAUGGUGAUACCUCUGACGGUGAUACCUCGGAUGCUGCAAGCUCUCAUGGCGGUACCUCUCUUGGCGGUACCUCUGGUGAGGCUAGGUCAGAAGCGUCACAUGAGUGCGGAAGCGAGGAUGGUGAUGCUGCCUGUGGCCAUGGCAGUGGCACUGGGGUGGGCGGUGAAGGGGAGGGCGGCAAGCAUUCUCCCCAGCGCAGGGAGCAGAGAGGGGCGGGCGAGGGAGAGGAGGAGCAGGUGGAGCACGGCGUGAUGGCAGAGCUCGCAUCAAUCAAGGCUCGCCUGGAAGAAGCACUGCUCUCAGUGGAAGCGCUGCCCAAGGCGCGUGUGCUGCUGUGGUACCUGGCCGGUCUUGACAUCUCCCCGCCUCUCCUCCGCCGCUCGGGCCUCCUCUCCUGCAUCGCCUGCCUCGCCUCUCUCCCCAACCCCUCCCCCGUGCCAAUGCCCCAGCCACACCACACCACAUGCCAUGCAUCUGCUGCUGCUUCUUCUGCUGCUGGCGCUUCUGCUGCCGCUGCGGCUCCGUCCCAGCAGUACGGGCAGCAGGCAGGCGGCGCAGAAUGCCACAAUCUGGUUAGCAUAUUUAUGAUGGCUCAAUUCAAAUGGAUACUUAUAAUGGUAGGAGUGAUUGUGGUGCAUGAUGCAUACAGCAGAGGAAUGUGAACAAGAGCUAUACCAGUGAGAAGAAGUUAACAUCAUUGUAAAUCAUGACAAUCGCUAGUAUUGUAUGGUGUACCACAUUGUU